UGCUUUUGGGGUUUUGCUGUAUUGACUCACGAUUUAGCACAUUUUCAGAUUGAUGACAAAUUCGAAGCACAGAGUAAUUCAAACAUAUUUUAAUAAGCCUAAUUUGCUAUACUUAGAAAUUGGGUAUCAUUUUGUAUGAGAGUCACGCAUCCAAUCUGGGCUGUCUCUGCAAAAAUUGGUUUUUGUAAAUUGCAUUCAUGGAUAUGAAAUUGUGCUAUUUCGUUGACUUUGUCUUGGUGAGGAAAAUUGCUAUACCAAAUGCAUUACAGGUGGAUUGUUGAGGUCUUGUCAAUCUUUUAGGAAGAAUGGUUGAACAUUUGAACCAAGCCCUCUUUCCCCUGUUCUUCAGGUGUCUUUAAAAGGAUUCGAUCUACAUUAGUCUUAGUAUUCCAUGGAUAAGGACUACUGUAUAUGGGCAGAUUUCUUGUGACAUGUUAAGCAAACAUCCUUACAUGUGCAAAAUGUGCUUCAGUGGAUAUGGUUUUUAGGAAACAACGAGUCAUUCGGACUAGUAGCAUAGCUUUGGCCAUGGACGCUAAUGCAGAUCCUGAGGAUCAUAUGAUGAUCGAAAGAAGUGUUUCACAAAUGAUGCAAAUUGACCCAAGACGAGCUCGGUUUCCAUGCUGCAUUGUGUGGACCCCUCUUCCUGUCAUAUCAUGGUUGAUUCCUUUCAUUGGCCACAUUGGCAUAUGCAGAGAGGAUGGGGUAAUCUUGGACUUUGCAGGGCCCAAUUUUGUCUGUGUAGAUAAUUUUGCCUUUGGAGCAGUGACCCGUUAUAUCCAAAUUAGCAAAGAAAAGUGCUGCAUUUCUCCUCAUCAUCCUGCUCCAUACAGAAGGGAGAAUGGACGUGGACAGGAUGAAACUGAGACAGACAUAUUGACAUGGGAUGAUGCACUGCGGAAGAGCACACAGGAAUUCCAACACCGAUCUUACAACCUUUUUACUUGCAACUGCCACUCCUUUGUGGCAAAUAAUCUGAACAGAUUGGGCUUUUAUGAUGGUGGUUGGAAUGUGGUGAAUCUUGCAGCUCUCAUUUUCCUCAAAGGUCGCUGGGUGAGCACAACAUCUAUGGUAAAAUCUUUCUUACCAUUUGCCAUAGUGUCCGCUCUUGGACUCUUCUUUGGGGGCUUGACCUUCUUAACUUUCUUGGCUUUCUUCACCUUCCUUCUUGUUGGAUGGUUCCUUCUCGGUACUUACUGUUUCAAGAAUUUGAUCCACUUGUAGCUUGACCGUUAUUUGAUCAUCUGCAUGUGAAAAGACUAUAGUUCAACAAAUGUACUGAAAUACCAUUUCAAUAGAAUUAGGCCAUAGCUUGGUUAUAGGUUAUUUAGGUAGAAAGGUAGAGUGUAUUUUUAGUACCUGUUUUAUCAUGGUGAGCAAUUAAGACUUUGUUUGGAUAA